AUGGCGAUAAUUGAACUACAUCCCAAAUUCUUCUUCUCUCAAAUCCCAAACCCCAAACCCCUCACAAACCCUAAUUUCAAUCCCAAAAUCACCUUAUCCCAUCGAAUCCUCAAACCAAUCGCUCAAUUUUCCCACCAACCAAUAACCACCACUCCAAACCGCGGCUUAAUUUUCCGGGAAAAGGUUCUAUACCUCGAGAAACUCAAAGUAAACCCAAAAAAAGCCUUCAAACUAAACCCUACACUCCGAACCUGUCCUCUACAAACCCUAAAAUCGGUUGAACAAUGCCUUUCAUCAAUCGGCAUACACAGAAGCCAAAUGGGUCGAAUCCUCGACAUGCUUCCUGCACUUCUCACGUGCGAACCAUACAAUGACAUUUACCCCCUUCUCGAUUUUCUCCUCAACGAGGUUAAAAUUCCUUACCACGAUGUUCAAAAAUCAAUCUUGCGGUGUCCUAGGUUGUUGGUGAGUAGCGUAGAGAAUCAAUUAAGACCUGCGCUUUGUUUUUUGAGGGAAUUAGGGUUUGAUGGGCCGCAUUCUCUCACGUGCCAAACUACUUUGCUUUUGGUUUCGAGUGUUGAGGGCACCCUUUUGCCUAAAGUUGAGUUUUUGAUGGGUUUGGGGUUCACACGUGUGGAGGUUUCGAAUAUGAUUGUUAGGUCCCCUGGGUUGUUGACUCAUAGUGUGAAUAAUAAUUUGGUUCCGAAAGUUGAGUUUUUCUUGAAUGAGAUGAAUGGUGAUGUUGCUGACCUGAAGAGGUUUCCUCAGUAUUUCAGUUUUAGCUUGGAAAAGAGGAUUAUGCCGCGGCACGCUAAGUUAGUUCGGCUUGGAUUGUCGCUUCCUCUGUAUGAGAUGUUGCGGUGUAGUGAUGGCGCGUUUGAUUCUAGGUUGUUUGAAUUGCGGUUAAGUAAACUCGAGAGAAGAUUAGAGUAA